AUGCUCACCACAAAGUCCCUCUCCGCACUCGACCAAUCCCUCGUCCAGAGACAGGUCAACUGGGACGCUGAAUCCGGCGACAAAUCAUCCAUUGGCAUGCCCGACGGCCCCAGACUCAGCUCCGGCGAAAAGUCGUCCUACGAGCAUCACGAAGGCGACGGGUCUGGCUCCUACGACUCUUGGGACGACAGCAAAGACAGCGAAGACCAUUACAUUGGGAUCCCCGGGGGCCCGGGUCUGUAUUCCGGCAAUUUCCACCACGUCCAUUAUGAAACUCACAGCAAGCCACCGUCUCACCCUACGGCCACCGUCCCUGUGGUCACAACUUCUAAGCCCACCAUCGUUAUCUCUGUGCCUAAAGUGACUUCUUCGGCUCCCACCACCACCACCACCUACCUCCAUGUUCCCCCGACGUCCACGUACGUCCCCAUCACCACCGCCAUCUCCAUCCCCACCAGGCCUGUUGUUACCAUGACUACCACCGUGGUCUACCAGCCCCCGGAGGGUGAAGUGGGCGAGUGCCCGGCUCCAGAGGGGGCCCCGGCUCCAGAGAGGGAGGCAGAGCCGGUGCCCGAGCCGGCAUAUACCUGUCUGUGCGGUGCAUAG